AUGGGAGUCACAGUUGAACAUAUCCAGAGAGGUGAUGAAACAAACUUUCCCAAAAAGGGUGAUACUGUCAAGAUGCACUAUCUCGGCACGCUGGAGGAUGGAACAAAGUUCGAUUCUUCGUAUGAUCGAAAAAAACCUUUUGAAACAAAGAUUGGUGUCGGAAAAGUGAUUCGAGGCUGGGAUGAAGGUGUUCCGCAAAUUAGUCUCGGAGGAAAAGCCAGACUGAUCAUCACGCCAGACUAUGGAUACGGAAAACAAGGUGCCGGCAAUGUGAUUCCACCUAAUGCCACUCUUAUCUUGUGA